GAGUCAAACUUCAGUUCUUAGGGACUGACUACUAAAGUUUUGACAGAUUCGUGAGAGAAACGUAGAAAGAGAAAUACUCUUCUAUUUUUAAAGGAAUGGAUUAUGGAUCAUAAUGAGUGUCAAAAGCAGAACGAUUUGUAAUCGAAGGAUUCGAGAUGAGGUUCAAAUUCCCAUUGUGGAGGAAGAUUACGCGGCAAAAUUUCCAGCCAAUAUUCGAAUUAGGGUUCCGAUCAAACCUGAUAAAAUAUCUUCUUCCUCACACUCCCGGUUCACACCGGCGCUUCUCCGGCGUCUCCGACCAGAUUCAUCAUUUCCGUGGUCGCGAGGACCCAAAUCUCGGACCUCGGCCCAGAAACCAUGGAGUUCAUCACCCACAAGUGGAUGGAAGAACUAGGGUUUCGAACUCGGUUGCUGAUUCAGAUGAAUCGAUCGAUGUUCUUCGAGAUGACCAAUCUGCUGUUUAUGUCCAAAACGUCCUCAAAUUUAGAAGAGAUAAACCAGUGGAGGAGAUCGAGAGGGCUCUUAAUCUGUGCGGGCUUGUGUUAACCGAUGAUUUUGUUCUCAAUGUGCUGGGGAGGCAUCGAUCGGAUUGGAAACCCGCCUUCAUUUUCUUCAAUUGGGUUUCGAAAGGAGGUGGAGAAGAUGAAUACUCCCCUGGUUCUGUUAUUUACAACGAGAUUCUCGACAUUCUUGGAAAAUUCCGACGAUUCGACGAAGUAGACGAAGUGUUUGUAGAAAUGUCACAAAGAAAAGAACUCAUAAACGAGGGAACUUAUUCAGUUCUUCUUAAUAGAUAUGCUGCAGCACAUAAAGUGGAGGAAGCAAUUGGGAUCUUCCACAAACGGCAAGAACUCGGGCUGGAGAUGAAUUUGGUUGCGUUUCAGUCACUUUUAAUGUGGUUAUGCAGAUACAAGCAUGUAGAAGUUGCAGAGACAUUGCUGCACUCCAAGAAGCACGAGUUUCAUCCAGAUAUAAAGACGAGGAACAUCGUCCUCAAUGGUUGGUGUAUACUGGGGAAUGUUCAUGAGGCCAAGCGGUUUUGGCGCGAGAUAAUCGAAUCAAAAUGCGAGCCUGAUAUAUACACUUAUGGGACUUUGAUAAACUCAUUGACAAAGAAGGGAAAGUUGGGGACAGCUCUGAAGUUGUUUAGAGCCAUGUGGGGAAGGGGUUUGAAACCAGAUGUGGUGAUCUGCAACUGCAUCAUUGAUGCACUUUGUUUCAAGAAAAGGAUUCCUGAAGCUCUGGAGAUCUUCAGCGAAAUGAAUGAGAGAGGUUGUGUUCCAAAUGUAGCGACUUACAACACUCUCAUAAAACACUUGUGUAAGAUUAGGAGGAUGGAGAAGGUUAAUGAGCUUUUGGAUGAAAUGGAGAAGGGAAAAGAGAGCUGUUGGCCGAAUUCAGUGACUUUCAGCUAUUUAGUUGGGUCGUCGAGAGAACCGGAGGAAGUUACUGUACUCUUGCAGCGGAUGGAAAGAAGUGGCUGCAAGAUGACCAUUGACACAUACAACCUGGUUUUGAGAUUGUACAUGGACUGGGACAUUCAGGAAAGGGUUAAAUCUACUUGGAAUGAAAUGGAACAGAUGGGGUUGGGACCGGACCGUCGCUCUUACACUAUAAUGAUUCAUGGGUUGUACGAGAAGGGACGAAAAGAGGACGGGUUGCGCUAUUUCAGAGAGAUGACAUUGAAGGGAAUGAUGCUUGAGCCAAGGACUGAAAAGUUGGUGAAUGGCAUGAAAUCAAACUGCAAGAAAGGAAAGCCAAAGGAAGAUAACAAAGGAGAGUGAAAAUUAAACCAUCUUCUUUCACAAGAUUACAAACUUGGUAAACCUAGAGGGGAUCAGCUCUGUUCCUCUUUUUUUUUUUGGGUAAUUUCUGUAUUAUUUAGCUCUGAGUAAUUUCUUCUAGAGAUUCAAAAUGAACUCCAACCUGAUGGGACGUUUUAGAAUUGUCAUAAGAUCUAUUUCAGACCUAUAAAUUUGGAGAUGAGAACUAUUUGUAAAUGAGUUAUACAGUUCAA